GGCGAUUUCCUUCUACUCCUUUCUUCCUCCCUUGCUCCACAACGAAACCAGGGAGAGAUCGAAAUUCGAAGCCUCUCUCGACACAAACUCUUGGAAUUUUUUUGUUUCUCCUAGAUCCAACCACAUCAUACCAGAUCUACAAUGUCUUCGACUUUCAGCGGCGAUGAGACGGCCCCGUUCUUCGGCUUCCUGGGUGCCGCCGCUGCUCUCGUCUUCUCAUGUAUGGGAGCUGCAUAUGGAACUGCAAAGAGUGGUGUUGGUGUGGCAUCAAUGGGUGUCAUGAGACCAGAGUUGGUGAUGAAGUCUAUUGUUCCAGUUGUUAUGGCUGGUGUUUUGGGUAUUUAUGGGUUGAUUAUUGCUGUCAUUAUCAGUACUGGGAUUAACCCCAAGGCCAAAUCGUAUUACCUUUUCGACGGUUAUGCACAUCUCUCGUCAGGCCUUGCUUGUGGACUUGCUGGGCUUUCUGCUGGCAUGGCCAUUGGUAUUGUUGGUGAUGCAGGUGUCAGGGCCAACGCACAGCAACCAAAACUCUUCGUUGGAAUGAUCCUUAUCCUCAUCUUUGCGGAAGCACUGGCCCUUUAUGGUCUCAUUGUUGGUAUCAUCUUGUCUUCUCGAGCUGGCCAAUCAAGAGCUGAAUAAGAAGGGGGCUGUGCGGUUCUAGUUUUAGUAUUCUUUAAUUGCUUGUCAACAUCACAUGGUGGGAAAGAGAAUUUCGUGGAGGGGAUUGAUGAUCAGAUCAUCGCAUGUUGUGUUUGCAAAAACUCCCUUUGGAACUAACAGCUCUUUAAUAAAAUGUUGUGAAGCUCCUGUUUUGUUUUAUUUGUCUGUGUAUCUUGCAGAAAUUGAAAACAAUUACUAAAGAUAUAAUCUCUGAGAUAUUGGAUGCAUUUUUCAUUCACU